AUGUCAUUCUCUUCCGAUAAUGGCUUUAUGAAUUCUGCCUUUUCUACAUCCGAUGGAAGUUUUACGUCAGAGGAAAUGGAAAGUGACGUCAAAACAUUGCCAAUAUUCCCAAACUCACCUUUAGACACAAAAAUAAAUACAAGUAUAUUUGCAAGUCCCUCUAAUACAUACCCUUCGCCCACAAGGACUUCGCCCCUUAGUCAGGGACAGUCUAAUCAAACUCCAUCUUUAGCAGCAUCUACACAUCAGAUCUUUAAAUCUAAAGAGAAAAUGAUUUCAAAACCAAAAAACUGUACAUUAAUUACAGCAGUGGAGGCAGGAAAAAUCAUUGAGUCAACUACAAUACAGGAUGAGUUAUUAAUUUUGGACCUACGGCCAUUUACAGAUUAUUCUAAGUCAUGUAUUAGGAGUGCCAUCCAUAUUUGUUUACCUUCAACUCUCUUAAGAAGAAAGAACUUUACUCUUGAUAAAUUGAUCGAAAACCUAACCCCACUGGAGCAGAAUGUAUUAAGCGAGAAAUGUGCGAAGAACAAUUUGAAAAUUAUACUAUAUGAUAAUGUUGCAAACCAAAGAGAUGAUUCAAUAUCAACGGCAUGUAAUGGGAUUAUCAUAAAGCUUUCAAAUUACCAAGAAGCAAAUAAUAUUAAAUAUAACAUUUCAAUUCUGGCCUCCGGGUUCCGCCAAUUCGAACUUUUGUUUCCAGGAUUAGUUAGCUUCAAUAUUUUACCAAUAGAUCACCAAGCAAGUGUUAAACACGCCGAAAUGAACCUCAGCUUACAAAUGCCUAACUCAAAGAAUACCGGCCCAAACAUAUCCCGCCCUUCUGCAUGCAUUAGUUCAAAGGAUCCGAAUGCAGGUAUGAAUAAUUAUGGUUCUCCCGUAUCAUCAUCAUCUCCACUCUCUGCACUUUUCAAAUUUCAACUACCUCCUCCACCUGCCACUCCAAGUACUUUAUUCAAAUUCGCUCAAAACGAAGAAGUCAUGAACUUAGAAUCAUAUCUCAGUGCUGUCAAUAUUAAGGAAGAACACGAACGUCUACAAUCACAAAAGAAUGAUUACAAUAUUCCUUUAGAUACGUUUGAAUUUCCUAAACGAUCAUACCCAACAACUUCUAAUUCAAUACAUGCUUCACCAUCUACAGUAAGAGCAAGAUCUACAUUAGAUAAAUAUAAAGAUAAAUUGGCAGUUCAAAUAAAGUUCGAAGAAUUUUUAAAUGAAUUUAGAGAGCAUACUAGUAACGAAGAUUUUGACCAAAUAGUACCCAAAUGGUAUCAAAAUUUAAUGCAAAGACGUAAAAUCCAAUUCAUCUCACAAUAUCAAAAAUUAGAUCUUUUAGAGAGAAGAAGAUUAAAUAAUUCGUUAUCUAGUCGGAAAAAGAACAGAAAAUUUAUGAUUAAUUAUGAAGGGGCCCAUAAUGGAAAUUUAACUACUUCUUCAUCAAGUAGUACAAGUGAGGUCACUGAAAAGGACUUCGUUUUUACGAAGCCUUCUUCCGGAAAUUACUUUACCAAUGAAGAAACAGCACCAUUACCGAAAAGAUCGUAUUCUCAACCAAAUUGUGGGGUAUUGAAUAAAGAAAAAUGGCUUUGCACUAUAGAUUCCGAUGAAGAUUCCGAUGAUGAUAAAGUUGAGAUAUCCUCUGGUUUAGAACUAGGCUUUAAAAAUAGAUAUAAAGAUAUAUUUCCCUAUGAACAUUCAAGAGUAGUUUUGAAAAAGAGAUCUGUAUCUUCAAUAUCGGCAAUGUUCUCCUCAAAAUCAACGAACUCAUCUCCAUUACCCUUCACGUCUGCUACUAGGAAAAAGAAUAACACAAUUGAUGCUACAGACCAGGACACGAGCGAUGAAAAUACAGACAUAUCAGAAAAUUAUAUCAAUGCUAACUACUUAAAGCUACCGGAACUUGCUCUACGUCAUGAACUAUUGUCAGAAUAUGGUAAUAAGAAUUCUGAGGUGCAAUUUCCAGAAAAUGUGCAAUAUAUCGCCACACAAGCACCAAUGCAAUCAACGAUCGAUGAUUUCUUCACUUGUAUACUGAACAAUAAUGUCCCAUUGAUUAUAUCAUUAACGAAUGAUAUUGAAAGCGGUGUUGAAAAAUGUUUCAGAUAUUGGAAAGAUGCAAAAUACAAUGACGUUGAAAUAGAAUUGUUAGAAGAAGUAGACGUAUCUUCAGCAAUGAAACCUGAUGAUGUUGCUGCCAAAGACAUGUAUACUUUCGAUGAUGAUGGUGGUGUAAUAUUGAGAAGAAUUCGAAUUAUAUACAAUAUUGAUCAAUCCUUCGAAACGCUCCAAUUACAAAUUAAAGACUGGCCUGAUUUAGGCACCUUAAAUCCAUUAGCUAUCCUCAAAUCACUAUUCUUGAAACAUGCAAUCCUUAACCGAUUAAUUGAAAACAAUAUCUCUUCAAAAGAUCAAGAUGAUAUGCUGGAAAAUAAAUUAUUAACUAUAUUGGUUCAUUGCUCAGCUGGUUGUGGUAGGACAGGUACCUGGUGUACAAUUGACUCCAUAAUGACUAAUUUAGAGAAAUUCGAUUUAUUACAAAAUGACUGUGACUUGACAAAUGGGAAGCUGUUUGAUCCCAUCUCAUGGACUAUAAAUACAUUUAGAAAACAAAGAAUAUCAAUGGUUCAAAAUAUAAAUCAGUUCCUAAGUAUUUAUGAUUGUUUACUUUGCUUUUUCAAGUUGAAAUUCAACGAUACUAGACCAAGGACUCAUGGCGAGGAGUCGUUUAGCAGCAUAGUGUCUCAAGCAGCCAAGCUAGAUAUUGUAUCAAGAUUUGUUAACAGUAAGAGAACGGAAGUACGACCUUUAUUUGCAUGA